AUGGCACAAAACAACCUGUCUGUGAACAUAUACAAAAUGAUUGUUGACUUCAGAAGAUCUAGAAGGAAAGAUGGAGCAAAAGGAGAGCAAGGUCUACCAGGUUUACCAGGACCUCCUAUGCUGCUAAACUUCCCCACCAUAGCUACACCAGAAGAGGAUGCACCAGGUCCACCAGCCCAUGCCUUAAAUACAAUUAGAAUUCCAGGUCCUCCAGGAAACCCAGGGAUGAAGGGAGAAAAGGGAGAAAAAGGUGAAAAGGGUGAUCCUGGUCCUGGAAAAGCAAUUGAAAUGAAGGAUAUAGAAAAAAUGUUUGAAGCCUAUGGUAUUAAGUUAUCUCUUCUCAGAGGCCUGGUUAACAAGCUUCUGCAGGAGGGAUGA